AUGCGAACCCACCACCUAACAUCGUGGGUGCUCCUAGCAGGCCCAGCCCUCACCACCGCGGGCUGCGGCCCAACCCAUCUCCUCCCAACGCGACAAAUCUACCAGUUCUCCAAGCCAACCUACCUACAAGCCCUCCACGUGCGCGCCAACGGCGACAUGCUCCUCGGCACCGUCUUCCCCAACGCCUCGCUCUACUACCUUUCCGCUCCCCCCAUCAAUGAUCCCGAUACGCCGCCGACGGUCACAACCCUAGCCACCUUCGCCGGCAUCCCCAGCCCCGACGGCACCACCAUCAACGCCAUCACCGGCAUCGCCGAGACCGAAUCGGGUGUCUUUGCCUUAACCGGCGGGGUGCAGCAGACCCAUCACCAACCCCAACAACCUCAACAACCAACACCCCCUCCAGACCCCCCUCCAGAACCCUUCAGGAGAGUGGAAACCCAAACCCCACCUCCUCCUCCCCAUCCCUCACUCCGGCCUCCUCUCCUCCCAGCCCAUCCCACAAUCCUCCUAAUAGCCGAUACCUCCCUCGGCCAGAUCCUGCGCGUGGACACCCGCGCGCAAACCUGGGAAGUCAUACUCUCUGAUGCCGAUGCUGGGAAGGGGAGUGUGCGUUACCCGCCUUGGGCGAGUUUGCAGUUUGGGGUUAAUGGGUUGACUGUCCGCUAUGCCCCCUCUGCCGCUGGAGAUGGUGAGGGGGAAGUGGGUGAGGAUUGGGGGGAAUAUGGUGAAGGAGAAGGGGGGUUGUGGUUGUAUUGGAGUAACUCGUUUUUGGCGACUGUGUAUCGGUUGUGGAUCACGGCGGAUGGGUAUCCGGUCGGCGGGGGAAGUGGGAAGACGCGGCGGCCGCUUGCGGAGAAGGUGGCGAGUGUGAGGGCGUUGUUUGUUGAUGGGUUGGUUUCUGGGCCUGCACCUGGUUCCUACUCAUCCGACUCAUCCGAGAGAAGGGGGAAAAGGGAAGUCCUAUGGGCAGCGACAAACGUCGACAAUACGGUCAGAGCGAUUAGCGACCGAGGCGAGGUGACUACCGUGGCUGGCGCGCCGGAUGAGAUGACGGUUGCUGGGGCCGUGGCGCCGAGGUUUGGGCGGCGGCCGGGGGACGAGCAUACGUUGUAUGUGGCUACGUCGGGGGGGUUGGUGCUGCCGGUGAAUGGGACGGAGUUGGAGGGGGGGAAGGUGGUGGGGAUUGAUACGAGGGGGUUGUUUAAGUGUUGGGAGGAGUAA